GGAGCUUAGGGAUAUUUCGGCUAAAUCUUCCGUUAUUUCGAUUAAAUCUCACAGACCAAACCCAUUGCAUCAUUCACAAAUUACAGACAUUAACAUCCAGAUAGCAGCUUGUAACUUAAAUUUACCUAUAAAACGACCUUCCCAUAAAAUAUCUCCUACAACAUUCUCAAUAGGCAGGAUUUUGGUUGAUUUUUUAUUAAUUUUCCUGAGGUGA